AUGUUGUCUCUCUCAAAAUCCAACCUCCUUUCGGCUGACGAGUUGUUCAACUACUUCGUCUUCCCUCAGAUCCUCUACACCCUGUCCAAGGACAUCACUCCACCCUACUACUCCUUGAAGGCCAACUUCGGCGUCCAAACGCUCGCAUACGUUAUCAUCGGGUUUAUAUAUACACGUCUUGUUGGCAAAUUGAUUGAGGCGUCCCAAGACCUCAGACAUCCCCCUGAGUUGGACGAAGAAGAAACCAUGACUACUCACCGCUCGAAACACGUUGAAAGCAAAUGGGACGUGGUGAUCAAAGUCGAUGUCAUUGAAGAUGAGGAUUUCGUGGUUAUUCCGUCAAACGUGGCCGUCCUUGAGGAUGAAAUUGAAGAUGAGGGUUUCGUUCUUGUCUCGCCGGACGUGGUAGCUGUCGAUGACAUUGACAUGGUGAAGGAGCCUGUUGCCAUCCCUGGGGAUGUCGUUGAAGAUGGAGGAUUCGUCAUUGUUCCGCCGAAGGAAGUCACCCUUGUCGAUGAAAUUGAAGAUGAGGGUUUCGUUCUUGUCUCGCCGGACGAGGAGGCUGUUGAUGAAAAUGAUAUGGUGGAGGAGCCCGUUGCCAUCCAUCUUACUUCUGAAGUCUGGGACAUCACCCUCGCUCUGAUGGAAGACUUGGGGGUCGAGUCUGCGUUUGAAGUCAUCUAUAAAAACGGAUACGUGCAUCAGCAGACACAGGCUGACUUCAACGAGGUGGAGAACGCUUCUCCCUCUACUCCUGAGGUAGAGAAUACUUCUUCAUCUGCUGUUGAGGAAGAGAAAAUUUCUCCCUCUGCUACUGAGGUAGAGAAUGCGUCUCCCUCCACUACUGAGGUAGUGAGCGAGGGCAAUGAUAGCGACGUCGAGUGGGCCUUUCUAAAUGCUUCUUCAUCAACUGACUCUGUGGCAUACGGGGUCACCGAAAACGACAGCGGUGUCAACUGGGUCCGCGGCGACGAUGGCAAGGUAAAGGGGGUGGAGUAUAUAAGCAUCCCCUCUACUUUGUACAGUGAUCGCGUCCAGGGCCUGAGAACCUAUUGCGUCCCCGGCUUUUCCCCAAACGCGGCACAAAUCCGGUUGCUGAUUAACUUCACAAUCAAGCUGAUGGAUGAUGUCAACCGCGCGAAGGAUAUUAAUGGGGAACUUUGUGGCUUCGUCAACGAGCUCCUGGACAAGGACCAGAUUGAGGAAGAGUCACAGACGGACCUGGAGGAUUCAGAGUCAGUGCCCCCAAUUGUCCCCCCCUCUACCUUCCACCUCUCGGAAGCCGAGAAGGUCUUCGAUCUGAUGGAAGGGAGCCCGGAUGAGUCCGACUAUGAAGUCGUUGACCCCGGGUCCGUUACUCAACUGACCAACUCGGAGGAGGGUGCGGAGACUGGGGAUUCUGACUCUGCCGCUGUCGAUGCCACCGUGUUUAAACCUGGGUGGCAUAUUGUGGGACCCGAGAGGACGGGGAUUUCAACUUCUCCCUCUGAGGUCGAGGCGACAGACGAUGUCGCUGACGCCGACUGGGAAAUCCUGAGUGACACGAAGAUGGACGACCAGGAAGACGGUGCGGAUGAGGUAGGUGACACACUUACUGCUACUGCUGCUAACAAGGACGAUAGAUUUGGAUUUGUCCACGUCCAAAACCAAGCGGCGGUAGGCCUACUUCUUCGUCUCGACCAGGCAGUCGACGUCGAGCAAGAGGAGGAGGUACAGGAAGAAAAAGAGGAGGAGCAGGAGAAUGAGGAGCGCCUAAAAGAUCUCCUCCGUCCAUCUGCCUUUGACUGGGCAGACGAAAAUGACGGCGACGACGAAGAGACCGUCGUCGCGCGGGAUGAGAGUGGCUUUCCUAGAGGCUCGAAUGGUUCCGCGGAAAUUCAAGCUACUACCUCUUCUGGAGAUGGCGGUGAUGACGAAACUGCGAGAAGCUUUCUGGAGCAGGAGGUCCACCACUAUAACUGGUAUGGGGCCCCUGUUCUGGGGAAAAGCGGCACGCCCCCAGAAGUUUCCCUCCUUGUUCAGUCUGUGGCUUCCAAAGAUCUGGGACGCAGCGACAAGUACCGCUUCUGGUCUAUCAUGCACAGGGCCAACCUUUUCAUCGACCCCGUCAUUGUCAUGCUAGAGGAGGGGGACAAGCUCCAGGACAACUUUGGAAGCGUCAAGGAGCUUGUGAGCUACGCAGCCGGCCGGACAUUCAAGUUCUACUCCCCGUAUGGUGCGUGGGUUGCAGACCCUCAAGAGAAAGGCUCGAUUGCUGUCGACGAACAAAGGGAAGAUGUUGACACGAAUGAGAGAAACAUCGUCAGCAAUGGACGCCUGGGCUGCAAACUUGAAUGCUGCCCAUCAUACGGCCUGGAGAGGAAGUUGCGUUCUCGGCGACAGGACUUUCGGGUCAGGGCCCAAAAUUAUAAGCCCUCGCCACUGAGGCAGAUUAUGACGGUGGACGAUCUGUCUCCGAAAGAAGCAGUGACCACGAAUCCGCUCGUGGUCUCCAUCGAUGAGGAGUCCCAGCAGGGGGACUCAAACGCCGAGCAGUCCGUCCUCAGCUCACCAACGGACAACCACUCGGACUCCGAUUCCGACUGGGAGGAGAUAGAGGUGUCCGAUGAGCUGAGGAACAUCGCUCUGGGGAGCAAAAAGCCCAGAGACCCAGUUGAGUCGCAUGUCGCGACAUUAAUUGAGUUGCCGAAGUCUGGCUCUUUGAGCAUGGGCUGGAUCAAAGACUUCAUACCAUGGUGCCCAGAACCGUACCGCGCAUUGGACGGUCUGGGUCAUAAGAAAUUGGGACUCUGUCCCAAUGUGCAGGUCACCGUCUACCCAGUACUACUUGACGCGGAGCCCUUUCCUGCUCCUGAUGCAGAGUAUGUUGGGAAUGACGGAGACUUUCCAACGUCGCUGUACUCCCGCGAGAUCGACGAGGUACGACAUCCUGACGAUUGUGAGCUGUCGGACAGCUCAGACAUCGACAGUCUAUCGUCGGACACCUUUCCACUCAACGUCGAUACCUAUCACUCGAUCGUGGCGGACGAAUUCAACGCCUCCUUCGACGGCGAUGGAAGGAUGGCCUCCCGCGAGAGCCUUUCUCUAAUCCCCGGUCCUGGCCCUAGUACCCUGCAGCUAUCUUCUUCGCUAGAAGAUCCAGCUGAUGUGCCGCUCCCUCCGCCGCCGAACCAGCGACGUAACUUUCCCAAGAGGCGAACACGCAGAGCCCGAGCCUAUAUCAGACGGCCCGCGGCUCUUCGGCACAGGGUAGCCCCUCUCCGCACGACGCUGCCUCUGAGGCGAUCCCUCUCCACGAUGGCCAACACAAAUAAAAGAUGCCACUGUCGGAAGAAAAUGUCGUUGCCAGACGAGCCUGCAGUGCCUGAGCCUGUUCCCUCAAAUUCAGGUUCCGAAUGCACGUUCCCGGCAGACUACGACUCCUUCAGCCAGUUGGGGAUAAGGCCACCGAGGAGACGGUUCAGCCCUUUGGUUAUUCUUGAGAAAUGCAUAUUCAUAGCUCGAAAUGGAGCUCGUGCACUUUUCAGGAGGACCAAUGAGGAGCGUGAACUGGAGGAGGAAAAUGGCAGGAAGGCGAGGAGAAAGUUGACGAAGCGGAGGAAGUAGCGACGUGAUGGGAGGAAGAUAUGAUUGUGGAGGAACUGGGGAAUGAACUCCCCAAAUGAUUUGAAGUCUUGCUUAUCUUUCCUUUUUCUUCUGUCUCGUGUUGUAAUAGUUUGUUGUUUUG